CUCUCAUUCACAAUGUGGCUGUGCUUGUUGUGUCAGUGGUUUAAUCUAAGGGGGAUGCUGGUUUUUCUCUUUGCUGUUCUCCUCGUGGUGUUAUUUCUUAACAAAAAGGACCCACCACACUUUCCUCCAGGACCACCAGCUCUCCCUAUUUUGGGGAACAUUUUCAGCAUUGAGGCUAAACAGCCUCAUAUUUACCUCACUAAGCUUGCUGAUGUUUACGGGAGCGUGUUCUGCAUACGUCUGGGAAGACACAAAACAGUGUUUGUGUCCGGGUGGAAGAUGGUGAAGGAGGCUUUAGUGACACAGGCCGACAACUUUGUGGACCGCCCUUACAGCCCGAUGGUGACAAGAAUUUACUCAGGAAAUUUAGCCGGUCUUUUUUUCAGUAACGGCAAGGUGUGGAGGAGACAGCGGCGAUUUGCAAUGGCCACAUUACGCUCUUUUGGUCUGGCAAAUAACUCCAUGGAGCAGAAAGUCUGUGAAGAGACUCAGUGUCUACAGGAAGCAGUAGAGAAAAAGAAAGGUGAGCCCUUUGACCCUGUGCCACUCUUAAACAACGCUGUGUCCAACAUCAUCUGCCAGAUUGUCUUCGGGAGACGGUUUGACUACAGUGAUCGCGACUUCCAAAGCAUGUUGAAGAAUCUGACUGACAUGGCCUAUCUGGAAGGCUCCGUAUGGGCUUUAUUAUAUGAUGCAUUCCCAGUACUGAUGAAAAUCCUCCCAGGGCCUCACAAUGGUAUCUUCACCAGCUCCAAAUCCUUAGAGGCAUCUAUCAAGAGAGAGAUAGAUAGACACAAGUUGGAUCUGGACCCCAGCAACCCUCGAGAUUACAUAGACAAGUUUCUACUAGAGGAGAGACACAACAGAAACACUGGUAUGGGAUUUGAGGAAGAAAACCUGGUUCUAUGCUGUCUGGAUCUAUUCUUGGCUGGCAGUGAAACAACCUCAAAGACUUUGCAAUGGGGACUCAUUUACCUCAUCAAGGAUCCUCACAUCCAAGACAAAGUCCAAGCAGAGAUAGACAGAGUGAUCGGACGGAGCCGCCAGCCCUCGAUGGGAGACAGACCAAACAUGCCUUACACCGACGCCGUCAUCCACGAGAUCCAGAGGAUGGGAAACAUUGUUCCGCUCAAUGGGCUCAGGAAGGCGGCCAGGGACACAACGCUGGGGGGUUACGUCAUACCAAAGGGGACUGCUGUGAUGCCUAACCUGACCUCUGUGCUGUUUGACAAGAAUGAAUGGGAGACUCCAGACACCUUCAACCCUGGACACUUCCUGGAUGCUGAGGGAAAGUUCUUCAGGAGAGAAGCAUUCCUGCCCUUCUCUGCAGGAAAACGUGCCUGCCUCGGCGAGGCGUUGGCAAGGAUGGAACUCUUCUUGUUUUUUGUGAGUUUAUGUCAGAAGUUUAAAUUUUCCACUCUGGAGGGAGUUGAGCUGAGCAUAGAGGGAAUAACUGGAGCCACACGCACUCCGUAUCCUUUUAAGAUCUUUGCAAAGUCUCGCUGAGCCUUGCAGACUAUUUGCUACUAACAAAAUGCUGCAGAAAAGAUGAAAGACACUUGUGUACAUACUAUCUUAUUGGAGUUUUGUGGCAAAUUCUACUACACUACUACUACAAUGCAUGGUUCUAUUUAAUGAUAGGGGAUCGUGGCAUGCUCCUUGUUUAGUCACAAUGUGAAAUGAGUCAUUCUUUUUCCAAAGCUUGAAACUAGCAGACAAAAAAUCUGAAGUUGACCAGAUCUCACACUCAUUUAUAAUUGGACUAUUGUCUACUAGAGAAAUAAAUGUCACAACAAACCCCAGAUUUCUUUUUGACUUUUGUAGCUUUAAUACACUAUGUAUGGUUGGAUCUACCCCACUGUGACUGAUUUGUAAAUUACUCCUUUAUUGUUGCAUGAAGUUGGUAAUGAUGUGCUUUAAAUAAACAUUAUUUUGCCAACAUU